AUGGACAUCCACGGAUCUGCACGCUUCCGCCACCGGAAAUCCCCUCCUUCCUCCUACCGCUUCCUCGACGCCUUCUUCUCGCCGCCGCUCCACCACGAAAAGGACAGCAUCCUCGCCGCCGCCGCCGAGGACAGCGAGCUCAACGAGGACGACAUCUUCUCCACCGGCGACUUCUCCUCCGAUUCCUCCCGAAAUCAACAACAGCAAAGACACCACUACCUUCGCAGCUCUCCCUCUCCCUCGACCUCGCCGCGCCACAAGGCCUUCCCCGAUUCGUUCGGAAUCCUCGCGGCGUUGCCGGAGAACAGCUCCGCCGCCGCGCAUCACCAUCACUUGUACCAGAAAACCGCUCUCCCCUCUCCUCCUUCCUCCUCCACCGCCUCGCCCUCCUCCUCGCGCCUCAUCCCCAAACCGCCGCAGGAUAGGUUGCCGUCGUCCUCCUCCUUCUCCAGGCACCAGCACCCGCAGUCGGCGCCAAUCAACGUUCCAAUCCUCGCCUCCGCGAUGGCGAGGAGGCGGAACAGGGAAUUCGACGAGAUUGAUGAGCUGGACGAGGAUGAAGGCUACGACGGCGAGAUGCUUCCCCCGCACGAGAUCGUGGCCAGGACGCAGUCCCCGAUUCUGUCCUGCCCGGUGCUGGAAGGCGCCGGGAGGACGCUUAAGGGGAGGGAUCUUAAACAGGUAAGGAAUGCAAUUUGGCGGAAAACCGGCUUUCUGGAUUGA